AUGUCAUCUUCACGAGGCAACAAUCUGGACGUUGCGCCUGUAUCGCAGACAGUGGAGACACAUGGAGAGCCCCCCACCAUCUCAUCCCUUCAAGACUUGACGAUUGUGGAAGCAUGGGACCUGGACACGAAUUCGUCCAAGUACAUCACUUUCUACCUGGUCACUGCUGAGGAAGUGGUGUACUUUGGCGAGUCAACAAAGAACAAAAAAGACAUGACCCUCGAAGAGUACAGCUCUGCACUGAAGCUCGUCCCGGACAGCGAAAUCUACCCGGAAACUCCGAAAGAUGUCCAGUUGACACUCGCCCCUGAGAGCCUAGCCGAAGAUACAGCCUACUUUAAGCGUCCCGGUCUCACCUCCUACGAGACUUUGAGGGACACGGGUUAUGUCCCCAAGGCAGUACUGGAUGAGACUCUUAUCAUGGAGCAGAUCUCGAAAUCACCUCAUGCGAACAUCGUUGGCUAUUACGGCUGCCGGGUUAGGCGCUGCCGGAUUACUGCCAUUGUCUUGGAACGGCUUGAUCAGACCUUGGAGCAGCGUGCUUCAACCUCGGGCGUUCAGGACCUUGACCAUGAUCGGUUGCUCGCGGAGCUUGAGUCGGCGGUGGACCACCUCCAUUCGCUGGGGCUUGCACAUAACGACAUCAAGCCCGAAAAUAUCAUGAUAAGGAACGGGGUUCCAGUUUUAAUCGACUUUGGUUCUUGUCAGCCAUUUGGAAAACCCCUGCAGUCUCUCGGGACCGACGGGUGGUGCGAGGAGGUCUUCUUCACGUCGGAGAGGAAACACGACCUGUACUCUCUAGCAAAGUUGCGGGACUGGCUACAUACACAGAAUAGCAAGGGAGAUAGUGGCGAAAUGCAGUAG